AUGAGAAUUCACACAGAGCUCCCACAGCGCCAUGACUGUAGAGAGGAGCAGCUCUUGAAACAGGAAGCAAACCACCGUCUGGAGCAGGAAGAUCCAGAACAUCCACAGAUCAAAGAGGAAGAAGUAGAAGAUCCAGAACUUCUACAGUUUAAAGAGCAGCAGGAGGAACCAGAAUCUCCACAGACUGAGGAGCUCAAGGAACCCGGUACCAGCCAGAAGGGAGAGCAGCUGAUUGUGAAGUUUGAAAAUGGUUCCUUUCUGAUUCCUCCUGUUGAGGAGCAAAGUGACCUGAGUGACCCAGAAGUACCGGACACUAAGCGGUUCCUCUCUCAGGACUCUGAAGUCCGCCAUGUGAUAAAACAGAUUGACUCAGAAUCAGCUAGAAAUGCAGAGCAGAACAACAUCAGCAUAUUUCAUAGUGACAGUGUGGAAAAGUUUCCUGUGUCAGAGAAGCAGGCUGAAUGUGAAACGCUUCUUUGUGAAGAAACAUGUGGUGAACCUGCCCAUAAGAAAUGUAAACUGCGGGAGAAAGUUGGAAUGGUCGCUGAUAAGUUCAUUUGUGAAACAUGUGGCAAAAGUUUCAGUCAUCUGAGUAAUCUGAGGAGACACACGAGAACUCACACAGGCGAGAAGCGGUAUUCUUGUGAAACGUGUGGGAAAACUUCAUGUAGCCUUGCUGCUUUGUUGGUCCACAUGAGAAUCCACACAGGUGAGAAGCCAUAUUCUUGUGAAACUUGUGGGAAACGUUUCGCUCAGCGCACGAGCUUUUCUUUUCACAAGAGAACUCACACAGGUGAGAAGCCUUAUUCUUGCAAAACAUGUGGCAGAGCUUUCAGUCAAAAGGGUAGUGUAUCGCGCCACAUGAAAAUUCACACAGGCGAGAAACCGUAUUCCUGCAAAGCAUGUGGAAAGAGUUUCAGAAAUCGCAGUCAUAUGUUACUCCACAUGAGAACUCACACAGGUGAGAAGCCGUAUUCUUGUGAAACAUGUGGGAAAAGUUUCUGUCAACGGACUCAAUUGUGUGUCCACAUGAGAACUCACACAGGUGAGAAGCCGUAUUCUUGUGAAACAUGUGGGAGAAGAUUCUCUCAUCGUAUUUCAUUGCUGUUCCACCAAAAAACUCACAAAUAUCUGAAGUCAUGA